CCCUAGCUGGCACUGAAUUGCAGCUGCACUGGCUGUGCAUGAUAUGGCCGCUGUCAAUGAAGGCAGCUGUAUGCAGAGCACUGCUGGGCUGUCGGCUGCAGCUACCAAAGGGCACAAUGCAGUAUUUUGGUGAUAUCUGAAGAUGCAGACAGAUGUUGGGAAGACAAAGUGACCACACUGAGCAAAGCGCAAGAACAAAGGCAAAGCUGACAGGAGACCAACACCUUCUGAAGUUUUAUGCAUGCUGCGUUUUCUCUUCUUGCUGCAACAAGUAAAGCCUUUGUUUUCCAACCUGGCAGCCUUUGAAGAAGUGACUCAGACAUCUUCAUGGCCUCUAAAGAUGUCCAGAACCAAAGAAGAGGUCUGCCUCGUUUUCUUCCUGGAGCUCCAGACCUGGACCAAAGCCUUCCUGCUUCAUCUUCCAAUUCAGCAGCCCAAGCAUGGCAGCCGAGUCUCCCUCUGCCAAACAGUUUCCUGCCAACAGGCAGUCUCCCUCCUGGUCUAGAAUAUUUAAGCCAGUUAGACCUGAUUAUUAUACACCAGCAGGUGGAGCUGCUUGGAAUGAUACUUGGUACCGAGACCUCCAACAAAUAUGAGAUUAAAAACAACUUAGGACAAAGAAUUUACUUCGCAGUGGAGGAAAGCAUCUGCUUCAAUCGUACUUUCUGUUCCACUCUGCGAUCUUGCACCCUGAGGAUCACAGAUAACUCAGGUCGAGAGGUCAUUACAGUGAACAGGCCCUUGAGAUGCAACAGCUGCUGGUGCCCUUGCUACCUACAAGAGUUAGAAAUCCAAGCCCCUCCUGGUACAAUAGUUGGUUAUGUUGCACAGAAGUGGGACCCCUUUCUGCCUAAAUUCACAAUCCAAAAUGCAAACAAAGAAGAUAUUUUGAAAAUUGUUGGUCCUUGUGCAACAUGUGGCUGUUUUGGCGAUGUGGAUUUUGAGGUGAAAACUGUUAAUGAAAAGCUUACAAUUGGGAAGAUUUCAAAGUACUGGUCAGGAUUUGUAAAUAAUGUCUUCACAAAUGCUGACAAUUUUGGAAUUCAUGUUCCUGCAGAUCUAGAUGUAAGAGUCAAAGCAGCAAUGAUUGGUGCCUGUUUUCUCUUUGAUUUUAUGUUCUUUGAACAUUCACUGGCUGGAUUAUAACAAGCAAGAUAAUGAAAGCAAUAAAAUAUGCAGAACAUAUUUCAAAAUCCCUUGGGCUCUGGAUUUCAUUUCUGAGUGGUUUGUUUGCGUUUUUGUAAAAAAAAAAAAAAAAAAAAAAGUUAAUUAUUAUAUUUAUUAAAACACAAUUUAAUGAGGCAAUUAUAUAGUUGUGAAUGCAUGAUAGCUAAAUACAUGAUUACUGGCCUGACCACAAGGUUGCUUUGAGAGAUUACCAUUCUUUCUUUUUAUCCUUUUGAAGUUAUUGCAAUGGUAAGCAUGAAAGACGAGAACUAAGGCUUGCAGCAUCACAGAUGAAAAUUCAAUGUUUAGAGAACACUUUGAAGUUUUCCUGGUACUAAGGCUGGUUACUAAUCAAAAGGACUGAGUCUUUAAAACAUUUUUUGAAAAGUAGUCUCUUUAUACUUUGUUUACUAAUUAUCUUAUUGUAGUGAGAUAUUGUUACUUUACAAUGGAAAAGUUAAAAGUUGGGUAAAUAAUAUAUCUAAAGAUGAAGAGGGAGAUAGAUGGCCUCAAUUCAUUCUAGUGGUAAGAGGCACAGUUACAUUCCAUAAAGAAACUAAUAUUUACAAACCAAGGCAUGCUGUAAAUACCUACUCACACCAGAGAUUUAAAUAAGCAUAUAAAUAGACCUCUAAAUCCUACAGUGUUGUCUAGCAUGAAUUUUGUCUAUUUGCAAUGAAAGUGCAAUCAAUUAAGGGAUCUAAGGCUCUGAAAAACAGACAACUCAAGGACUUAAAAACAAGCAUAGGAAACCAAAUAAAUAAAACCUUAAUCCAUAAGGCAAAUGCAGAAGUAAAAGAGUACAGUACAUUUAAUCAAAUUAAUAUCUUCCACUUCAACAUUUUUGGAGCUUUCCUGAUUACUAUUCACUAGUUAUCAACAUGUCUCCAAAGCCUACACAAGAGGAAAAUUUGUUAUAAAUGACAAUAAUUAUUCUCUCCUUUUUCCAAAUAGAGCAAGUUUCUUUUAAGCAAGGUACAAUGUAGCCAUGUAGGCUCUAUUUUUAACUUACACAAAUACUAUACAUUUUUAUGCACAUAUAAGUGUGUUCCAAGAAACUCCAGGCAAUUCCCCAGUUAGAAAAAAGAAUGUAUGCUGAACAUCUGUUACUAAAUUAGUCAAGUUAGUCAUUUGAUAGAUGACCAUCUCCUAGAAAUACCAUUAUGGGUGGUAGUUAAGUUCCCAAAAGAACCCACAACUAUCAAUUUAGUUCUAGGUUCGGGGGUAAGGGCUUUAUGUUGUAUAAGAUAAAAAUGAAGCUUCUUUCCCCCAAAUUCUGGUUCAGUAUUCUUCAGAUUCUUUGUUCUUAUUUAUACCCUAACCUUUUCUGACAACCCCUUCCUAUGGCAUGCAGAAACUGUACAUUGCCUCAAUCGACCAUAAUAUAUCUUGUACUUGAGGCAGAGUAGUUUAAGUAACAACUACCAAACUGUAACUGUAUUUCAAAAUCACAUGCAACUUUUCUCCCAGUGAUACCAUUUAUUUUUUCAGUGAAGCUGGUAUCACCUUCAUGCUGGAAGCAAUGCAAUCAUAGAAGGGAAUGAAGGUCUUGGGUACAGUAGACAUAAACGGGAGUCUAGCUUUCCUGUUUGCCAGUGCUGCAAACUUAAACUGUGAUCUUUGGAGAUCUCCUCGAGAUUCCUGUGUUACCUUGAAGAACUGUGGUGAUGGUGAAGGAGAGCUCAGCAUUCCUUCCCUUUCCUCUUAAUCGAUUGCAAUUAAAGUAUAUGGGAUUUAUCAUUUUCAGAGUCAGCUAAAGGAAAUUAUACUUUUAAAGCUGAUGCUUAUUAACUAAUAAAAUGGAGGACAAAUAACAUGCCAGGCACCAUGCAUUAUAUAAAUUUCUGGUGGGGCAACCAAAUGAAAUGAUAACAAAGGAAAAUCAAUCAGUAUCAGGAAGACUGCCUGGGAAACUGUCUUCCCUGCUUCCCACCCAGCACCCCUGGUUCAUGUCCCAAAUUUUCUUCCUAAAGAAAAUCCUUUCCUAUCUUUUCUUGUCCUUUACUUUUGGUUUCUAAAAUGUAAGAUUUUUAUAACGGAUGUCGCAAGAGCAGCAGCUGAGAUUUUCUCCAUUGGGCAAGAAUCGGGAAAAGAAAAUACCAUCUGUAAGUACUGCAUUUUACCAUGAUAAACUGCUUUGGAGGCUUUUUUAAAAAAUAUUAAAUGAACCCUAAAACUAUUGGAAAGAGCUAUUCAACAUUAGACCUAAGGGAGACUCAUUACAAAUUAAAAUCCUUCUUAGAAUAUAUCACUCAUUUUAAAGUUGGCUGCAUUUAAAUAAAAACCUGAUGUAGUGCUUAGCUCCUGAGUUGGCAUAGUACAAUAAACUGAGAUCCAUCUGUCUCUCCUUUCUUGUUAAAGGUAAAAUUGAUCUUCUUAUCUCUUCUAUGCUACUUUUCCCUUUUCCACCAAACAUAAAUCCAUGAGACACUAGCAAGACCUUAUGAGUUUUAGUGAAAAGCAUGAAGUUCUAGAACAGGACUGAUACUUGUACAACACUGUUUCCUGGUUCACUAUUGUUCCUUAUCCCCAGGACCAUCCCAGAACACAGGCUCCAACUCUGUUUACUCUCAAAUGUACAGGGAAAACUUGACCAGAUUCAUACACCUCCCAUUCAUUCAUUCAUUUAGAUAAAAAUGUAUUGAACUCUUCCUACAUGCCAAAUAUAUAGACCCUUCUCUUAUAGUGCUAACAGUUUAGUUGAUGAGAUAGCUUCCAAUCCAAUAAUGACAAGACCACAUAUAACAUUUCAGAUACAAGAAGGGUUUAAAGGAGAUGGACAAGAUGCUAACGUAUGGCAAUUUGAGUUGGUCAUAGAAGGAGUGAAUGAUGCUGGAUUCAAUUAUUAUUCAAAUCAGCCUCCCUGAAAAUUUGAAGGCUAUGGUUUUCAAAAAUUGUUUGACAAGCAGGGGGCUAGAGGAUGGUACUGCUGAUUGGUUGGGGAUACAAACAUAGGGGUGUGGAAAAUGGUCUUUCAUGCACUGAGUCUACUUCUAGGUGGAAGCCACAGAGGAGUUACUGGUCUGGGCAGGACCAUUUGGUUAUUUAAAAUGCAAAAUCCUAAAAAGACAUCUCAAAAAGCCAAUCUUAGUUUAUACAAUAGUAAUGGUAUUCACAGGAGUAAUUGGGGAAGUUGCAAAUCUUGUGACUUGCAGUAUAAUGGCUGGUCAUCAUUUAGUUACACCCACAUCUUAGCAGAAUUCAGGCCCCUCUCAUCCUUCUAACCUGGUGGGCUUUCAUUAGAUUCAUAGAGGCACUUUUGUUCUGGGAAGGGCUAUUCUCUUUUAAACUACAAACUAAUUUUUCCCAAAGUUCUUUGUCUCACAGCCAGUCAAGGAAAUCAAGAAUGUGACCUGCCAAGGGUGAAGUUAAAGCAGCAGUUUAAUAAGCAAAGGACAGAGAGAAACCUCUCUGCCAUAGAGAGGUGUCCCCAAAAAGGGUUGCCAUUUUACAGUUGAAUACAAAUGCUUAUAUAAGAAACCAAUGAGGGCUGUGUAUCUAGUUUGCAUAAGGUACAAAUUUCUGGUAGCUCAACCCUGUCUUCAUAGUGGGCCUGCAGGCCCUUACGUUGAGUUACUCCAUAUUGCUUUGUUCCCCUUACUGAACAUGUGUCAGGGGGCAGAAUUUUCCAUUGCAGACAUGUCUUGGCAAGUCUCCUGUGUGGCCUGCCUUAUCUAUUCAGCUGUGGCCAUGUCUUAGGCAAGCCCUCCUGUGCAAGUUAUUUUUAUUUAUACCUAUAAGCUGUUCUUUUGAUUGAAAGAAACCACCUGAGGACCCACCCUAACUGACUGCCUGACCAGUUGCUUCCUACCUACUCUUUCAAUGUAAGGGAGAAAGGAUUUCUGGCCUAUGCCAUUUACUGACAGAGGAAAUAUUUAUUAAAAGAGGAUCUCAUUUGGGGGAAAGAGCAUGGGUUCAGUUUUAGUCAUUGAAAUUGAAUGCCUUUAUGUCUUUCAAAAAGAGAUGUCAAAAAGGCUAGUGGGCAUCUUUUCAUCUAGAAUAUUUCUAAAAUGAGAAGUGAGUUUAUGAGAACUAUAUAGAUCCAUUAAGAUCUGAAUUAUUUCCAGUUUACUUCAAGGAUGUCCCUUAAAAUGUUUUAAAUCAUACAUGGAAAAUUAAUCAUUCAUUCAUUUUUAUUUAUUUAAUAACUGACCAAUAAAAAAGUAAUAUUUAUCAUGUAUACCAUAAUGUAUUGAAAAAUAUCUAUACAUUGUAGAAUGGUUAAAUUGAGGUAAUUAAUAUAUGCAUUGUCUCACCACUUUUUUGGUGGUGAGAACACUUAAAUCUACUCUCUUAGCAAUUUUCAGGAAUACAGUAGAUCUCUUGAACUUUUUCUUAUUCAUUCACUCAUUUAGCUAAUGUUUUUGAAACCACUUCUAUGUACUAGUCUCCAUAUUAGGCACUGGGGAUAUUAUACUCAGUUGUAUAUUGUCCCUGCUUUAAACACUCUUCAAUAAAUAUUUGUGGAAGGCAUAUACUACACUAGACAUCAAUGUCAGCAUUAGGUUAUGGCAGUAAACAAAAGCAACAAUACGCCUGCUUUUGUGGAGCUUACAUAGAAUAGAGUUGGUGAUAAACCAACAGAUAACAACAUGAUAAGGUUACCAUAGGUAAUCACAAAUAUUGAAAAGGGGUCUACCACUCAAUAUCUAAAACAAGCUGAACUUACUAUUUGUUCAGGCAAGGGAGAAUUGGUUUUGCAAGACACGAUUUAUAAGAAAAGAAGGUAGAUUAUAUAGGGUUUGGGGUAAGUGUGGAGUUUAAAUGCUGGAGUAUUAACUGUAGCUCGGUAAAUAUGUCUAGUAUAAUAAUAUUUGCUGAUUUGAUGACCCUCAGGAAUCUGUUCACUGGACUAAAGCUAUUGCUGAUUUUCUGAUUUUCAGAAAUUAUGUGAAGGACAUGUUUCUGGUUGUCUUUCAGAAGUGUGUGUACUCUUGUAUUCAAUCAUUGGUUGAUUAAACAGGUUUAAUACUAAUUUUGAUUGUUACUCCUUUGAUUGGUAAUGCAAAGAGUGAACAAACAAUUCUUUCCUAGGAGGAUGAGAAUUUUAUAUGCUCAAA